AUGAGUCUUUACGCAAGGAUGGCGAGAGGCUGUCGCUGCAGUCUGGUACGUCUUUGGCGCUUCCAGAACUCUGUUGUCGAAAGAGCAGUGUUUUUGCGUCCAUAUUCAGACAAAUACCUGUCCAUCAAUGAGUUUAACAAGCACAAGAAGGAGUUUCAGUUUGGUUCAUCCAUAGACGAUGUUGGUGUUACCAAAACAAGAAAACAAGACAUGGAUCUCGAAAAUAAUGGAUUUGAGGCUCCACAGCUUGAUGUACUGAACCACCCUCGGCUCCAGGGUCUCACACCCAACUCAGCAGAAUUCAAGUACCAAAUGCAUUUGAUUCAGAAGGAAUUCCAACACGAGCAGGAGAAACAACGUGCCAAAUGGGAGAUCAUUGAGCGAUUCAAAGGUAUGGGUGUUGGAAUUGUGGCUCUCGCGUCGAUACUCUCUGUUUACCUGUUUGUCAUGAACUACAAGCUCAUCAAGCAAUGGUACAAGAGCAAAUUUGUAUUUGACAUCGACGACUCCAAGAUUCAGGACCUCAACGACCCCAAAGGUAAUUUAAAGACGUCAGAGAAUAUGGUUGAGCGUUUGGCGGCCGAGAUGGGUCCUGAAUUCGUGGCCAAUUUGAAGGAUUCAUCGACUCCCGGUUUAUAUGUGUUUGGAGCAGGUUACGGCAAGUUACCUUCUCGGAUUCCAGGCUUCGACAACAUGUACCUUGCACAUGUAUUGAUCUCCAAGGAUUAUAUUGUUGCAGUGGAUGAAUCUGGAAAAGUGUUCCACUUCUCUUCAAAGAUGGAGAAACCUUUGGAACUUACCUUGCCUAGCAAGAUUGAUUCGGUGGUCUCUUCCAGCGGUAAGCUCUAUUACUUAAGCAAGAAAGGAAAUCAAAUCUACGUUGGUGACAAGCUCGUGCGUGAAACUUCAUCUUCUGGAUGGUUCAGAUCCGGAGUCAACUACCCAGUGGAGACCAUUGGGUUCUCUGAUUUUGCUCGUGGAGAGAAGGUCAGCCAAUUGGACUCCGGAGAGAAUCACUUGCUCAUUUUAUCCACCAAGGGCCGUGUUCUUGAGGUUGCUACAGCUGCAAACGCUCCCAAUUUGGGUCAAUUCGGUCUUCCAAAGUACUCUCCCUACGCUACCAAAGAGGAGUUGGUGGUCAAUGAACCAUAUGAAUUGACCAAUCUCAACUACGAGGUGGUGUCCCUGAAAGACAAUAAAUAUGUCAAGCCUAGAUCAUUUAUCUCGGUGGCUGCUGGCAAGAACUUCAACAUUGCCUGUGAAUCCAAUGGAAACGUGUGGACGUGGGGAGACAACUCCAGUGGACAAUGUGGAAGAGAAUCAGGAACAUCGUCUGAUAUCCAGCAGGUGCCCAAGAUGGUGUAUAGCGCUGAGGCCUUGAAGAAUAUUGCUAAGUACAGCUUGCCAGAUAAGGCAUCACAUGGUCCGGUUUAUGUCAAGGAAGUGUUCGCUACCGAUAAAACGGCAUUUGCUCUUUUGAACUAUGAAGACGAAAGCGUCGCUGGCAUGAGCCAAGACAUGCUUGUUGCCUUCGGAUCGGGACUUAAGGGCCAGUUGGGUGUUUCCAGAUAUAUCCAUGUGAGUUCCUCGCCAAAAGUGUUGAAAUCGCUUGUGGGCAUGACUGAGUACGACGAGACGGCUAAAAGCGUGGUGAAUGUGGGACUUAAAGCUGUGGCUACAGGAAGCGACCAUGUUUUUGUCACCUUGAACAACUCUGGGUCCAAAGAUGUGUUGGUUUUUGGAGACAACGAGAGCGGCCAGUUUGGAAACGGAAAAGCCGUGAAAUCAUCUAAGCCUAUCGGAGUGCCAAAACUUGUCGAGCCUGCGGAUCUUGAAAAUAAAUCGCAAAAUGCCAAACGGAAGUUGGCAAGAAAGCUCAAUGACCAGACAUCCAACCGACUCCAACUUUUGGACGAGAAGGUGGGCAAGAAAGAGGUGGAACAGGUGAUUGUGGGUGGAAACGAAGCGUCUGCAUUGUUUUAUCGUCACAAGUAA